AGGCGUCAAUCAGGCAGCCGUGGGGCUGGAGGGAGCUCGUCCUGGUACCGCCUCUGUCUUUUGGAGAAAGAGGGAGAGAGGGAGAGAGGGAGAGGGAGAGGAGAGGACAGGAGAGAAGCCGGGCGGGGAGACUGGGCCAGGGGCCGGGGACACAUGGAUUAAUCAGGCGCCCUCUCGGGCCGGUGUCCGCCCUACCGCACCAUGGGCAAACUUCACUCCAAACACGCUGCCGUGUGUAAGCGCAGGGAGAGCCCCGAAGGUGACAGCUUCGCAGUGAACGCCUCCUGGGCUAGGAAAGGGAUCGAGGACUGGAUCGGGAAGCAACGCUACCCCAGCAGCGGCCCAGGAUCCCGGCAGCCCCGGGUGGUGGGCGGCUUCUCCGGCGGCACCCGGGAUCCAGCUGGGGAAGUUUACCGAGAAACAAUCAGCGAGGAACAUUUUCGUCUAGAAGUGUCUUUGCCUCCUGAGAAGACAGAUGGGCCAGGGAGUGGAGAUGAAAAGAAGGCCGAGAAAGACAGUGAAUCUUGUCCCAGCUCCAAGAAACAGCUGAAAUUUGAAGAGUUACAGUGUGAUGUUUCAGUAGAGGAAGACAAUCGGCAAGAAUGGACCUUCACGUUAUAUGACUUUGAUAACAAUGGCAAAGUCACUCGAGAGGAUAUCACUAGCUUGCUCCAUACUAUCUAUGAGGUAGUUGAUUCCUCAGUCAACCAUUCCCCAACAUCCAGUAAGACUCUUCGGGUGAAACUCACAGUGGCCCCAGAUGGAAGUCAGAAGAGGAAAAGUAUUUUGCUCAAUCACGCUGAUCUACCAAGCUUGAGGCGCAGAACAGAGAGCAAGGCCAAUGAAGAGCUGAGGAGCUUGGAGAAGAAGCAACGUGCUCCCCUCAGGUACCAUGGAGAUGCCCACUUGGAGCAAUCUGGGCGCUAUCGCCAUUGUGUUGAUGAGAACAUCGAAAGAAGAAACCACUAUUUGGAUCUUGCAGGGAUAGAAAAUUACACAUCCAAGUUUGGACCAGGCUCUCCUUCACAGAAACCUGAGCUGCCCACAAGAGUCCCCAUCCAGACUAGAUCUCGAUCCCAUGAACCUGAAACCAUCCAUGUGCACCACAGGAAGUCCCAGGGGGCAGAACCUGGCCCCUUCCACUUCAUGGACAUUCCAUAUGCCAAGAUUGCCGAAGUCCAGCAACGCCUCCGGGCUGGUCAGGAUCUGAGCAAGCACUUUGUAAAGUCCCCCAAAGCCCAGAGCAAAAAUGUGGGGUCAGCCCACCUGGGGAGGGGAGCAAGAAGCAAAUCGAUCCUGGGACCUGCCAUCCCCUUGGCUUCCCCAACAACCCGCCCUGUCCUGACCCCACCCUACCUCCUUGGGCCAGCCCCACCAAUGCACAAGAAACACAAGCAGAGAGCCAAGGAGAGUCAGCAAAUGUGCAAAAGCCUCCAGCCCCCUGGGAGCACAGUGGUGGAGAAGGAACAUGUGCGAGACCUGCCCGCGCUUGUAUUAUAUGAGGGCCAGGUGGGGCAGAUGGUCCAGAGACACGAACACCACCAUCACCAUGAACAUCACCACCAUUACCACCACUUCUACCAGACAUAGGGCAUCCCGCCCCCACCCUCACACUAAAGAAUCCCCCAACCCCACCACAAUAUGAAGGAACCCCUCUCCCAAGAUGUCCGACUCCCAAGGCAUUAUUAUUCUUAUUCAUAAUUAUUCUUAUUGUCGUUGUUACUCCACUAAUAUUCAACUAGUCUCCAUUUUAGAAAUUAUACGGGAAACGCAGAAACUUACCUUAAUUUAUAUAUUGUGGAAACUGCAUAGCUUACUUAAUUAACAACUUGUGAAUUUUUGUAGCGGCUUGUGAGGAUUGCAGAGGCAGCCCCUGGCUUUCAGAACUGGGCUCUCCUUGCAAAUGGUCACUGAUACACUUUUGGGACCAGCCCAGGGAUGAAGGGGGUGGAGGGCCAUCUCCAUGACUCCAUGGCUCCUCGGCUUCCCCUCUAGACCAGCCUUUCCCAGGGAAACAUCGCUGCUUGGUCCUGCUUCCAGAGACCUGUAGAAUUGCUGAGAAGACAAACUGUUGCUACCUCUUAGUAUUACUUAGAUUUUAUUUGUCCCUUAAUUGAUUGUAAUGUGCUACGGGGGGAUUUUGAUGGACUCUGGUUAAGUGGCCUAUUUGGUGUCAUGUUUUCCUGUCCCUGGGAAUGUUAGCCGUAUUUGUCAAUGGAGUUACCCUUAACACCUACCUACCCGUUUGAAUCCCACAUUCUUUUCUGAAGGCAGUCCUGACUGUUCUAUGAUGGAAAAAUCAGGAAACACCCUUUUCUCCUCUCCUCUUCCCUCCUAAGGGGAGUACAUGUACAUACAUGUAGCUAAAGUCUGUCUCUGAAACCACACUUGUUUUGGAAAACCACUGGAAAGGGGAGUGACCACAGGAACAUGAGUGCGGGGGGUUUUUUUAGUCCUGCCGUCAACAAAAUUGGGGCUGUUCCCAGCAGUUGUGUGUUGGCUUUUCCUUUUGAAAUUGUUGUUGUGACUGAGAAUGUUAAAACCCUUUCCCCUUAUAGUGCUGGCAAAUAUAUUGUACAUACCUACAUAAUUCUAUAAAUAUAGCUAUUUAUAGAGACAGAUGCUAGUUUGUCUCUAUAUAUGUUUAUAUAAAUAUACACACUCAGGUACAUUUUCUUGUGUUGUAGAAAUCUGUGAUUUGACUCUCUGAAAUGUAACUGUUGUACCAGGAAAUGGGUUUUCAUGUGUAAGUGGCUGUGGUUGGGGAUAUGUGACUUACUUUUACCCCCUGGUGGGGUCUGCCUCUGUUUCUAUUCUUUCCAAGUGAGGGGUUCCUCCUCCCGAGCGCACCAAGCUUUUCUCCUCUCCCGGCUUCUCUCUUUAAGAGGGUUAGGAUCAGACAGAGCUGGAGGAGAAACGCGCUGGGGAAACAGGGUCAGAGAGCACUGGUAGGAGCCUUGGGCAGAGUGGAAUGUUGGGCCAGGGUGGCCAAGCAUGAUUGCAGUCUGGCUGAAUGGUAAAGGCUGGAUUCUGGGCAGAAAGAGAAAAAAGGGCCUCACGGAAUCUUUCCUAUAUAUGUUCAUGUGAGUUUCAUCUUUUACUUUUGAUAGUUUCUCUGCAGUGAGAAUAUUUUUGUUUAGGGGGAGGGGUCAGUUUUGGUUUGCUUAUCUUCUUUUUGUAGUGGGUUCCCAGCGCCCUAUGAGAAUGGAACCUGGAUGUGUGGCUCUCCUGGGCCCCUGGAGAACAGAAAUGGUUUUCCAAAGAAACAUUUUCAGAGAUUUGUCAGAGGAUUUCCUUUGUGCAUCCCUUUCCUUCUCCCCCAUCUAAGGAGAUAGGAGGCACCUGAGCCCUUUCCCCAUAUGCUCAUUUGGCACAAAAUGGUAGCUUUGGGGACUACCCAGGGAUAACUCCAAAACUGUAUCAUCUUACAGUCUUCCUUCCCUUUCUUGUCCCUAGUCCUAAAUCUGCAUGUCUGUCAGGUUUUCACUAUCCCUCUCUAAUUGGGGUUUCUUUAAACAAAAAAAAAAGAAAGAAAAGGGAGAAAAAACAAUUCACAAACUUGUCGGUUCUUGAGUCUGUUUUAGUUAGGGAUUUCUCAUCUUCCUCUACAGAUGCUUAGAUGGGUUUUCCAGUUUCCAAACAACUCCCCCCACCCACCAUACACAUACCCCAACUGGUAUAAUUAUAUGGAAGGCAGAAUUCUCUGUGCACAGUGCUUCCAAAUUUGGUUUGUUGCCCCCAGAAUUGUUCCAGGAGGAGCCUCAGACCCUUCCUUAUGUCAUGUCUUUUCACUGUGUGUGUACACAUAAAAUGCCUAUUAUAUAUGUACGUACACACGCAUACAUAUAUAAUUCUGGACUGGAAAGAGAAAAGGCAUUUAUUUCCAUGUUGAGCAGAAGGACUAAGCUGAUUUCUAUUCUCGUGUUAAUGAAGUCGGGUGUGUGUGUUCGAGUGACUUGUGUUCUGCAGCAUGCAGACUCCAGAACGUACAUUCCAGCUGUCAGCGGCGUCAUGCCAUUGUUCUCGGAGAGGCGGAGGGAAGCUCCCCCUGCUACAGAGGAUUGCCAAUUAAGGUUUUUGGCAAAGGGGAGCAGACAGGAGCUGCUGCUGUUACUUUCUUCCUUGUUUCUUUCUCUUCAAAUAUCCUUUUUAAAUCACAAAUCAUUACAGGGCCAAAGGGAUUGGGGAAUUUAAAAAAUGCCAAGAACAUCCCUUGAAUGUGUUUCGGGGCGGGGCAGGUGGGGGGCGGGGGGCGGCAGAGGCGCUGCUUGAAGUCCCCCCAAAGAGCAGCUUGUCAGAGACGCUAACAGAGGCAAUCACGCCCGCGCUUGCAUCUCCUUGCUGACUUCCAACUCCCCUGUCAGCGUUCCCGCUAAUGAAAGUGGACUCCUGGAAUAUGCUCUCUCGCUUGAUCGAAUCUUUGAAAUUCAUUUUCCUGCCUUGCCUCGCCUCCCACCAGCCCCCACCCCCAUCCCCAGAUCCAAAAGACAAGCUCUGUCAUGGGGCGAUCAUGUGAAAGGUCCCAUGAAUAUUAAUACUGUCGCAGCCCCACUUGCACACAUGGGCAAGGAUUUAGCUCCUGUGGCAGGGGGCUUUAGUCUGGAACUUUCUAUCCACGCCAUCCCCUUCCCUAUUUAUCCCCUCCCCCACCUAUGUUUCCUGAUGUUUGCUUUUCAGUAUUUUGUAUAGUAACUAGAGAUGGUUUUGACUAAAUGCUUUAUUUAUUUAAUAGCCAAAAAAAAUGUGCUAAGAGGAACUCUCCUUAAUUAAAAGUUUUACUAGUUCAAAAA